AGGUGCAGCCACACUUGUAAACGACGCGCUUUCGCUUUUACAAGUCGCUGUAAUGUCUACCUUGUUCUGGUGUCUUGAUCUUUGUGCCUAAGACUUGAAACGCCCGACCAAACCUGUACAGCGGGAACGCGGAGGGAACGGCGCCUUUCAAGGGCAGGCUCAGGUGUCAAAAAUGUACCUCGUGUGAAUAAAACAGGAACUUGGCGAGGAGGAGAUAUAGUAGUAGGUGUUACAAAGUUCACUCCGCAAAGCUGAUCACCUUUCAUACGUAGUGAAACUGGCAGGACUUUAACUCGAAAGAAAACUGGAAGAAACUAAAGAAGACACAGCGAGCAAGUGAGGGGCUUUGGUAGAUCGACCACCUCUUUUUGUGGAACUGGGAAUUUUAUUCUUCUUUGCCAGCAAACUAAUUUCUGAAUAAUGUUUUCUCAUCUCAUAAUUCUGGCAGGCAUCAUUGUUGUUCAUGGAGAUGAUCUUCCUAAAAACAUUGUGGCAUUUACAUCUGUAAAUUUGGAGAAUAUUCUAAACUGGAAGAUAAGUGAGGACCCAGGAUACAAUUACACAGUACAGUACAAAAAGUAUGGUAACAAGAAGUGGGAAGAAAAACCUGAAUGUUACCAAAUUAAAGAACAUUCGUGCAACUUGACCAUGGAAACUCAAGACUAUAAUGAAGACUAUUGUGCUCAAGUUAUUAUGGUUUCGGACACAGUCACACAGAUCAUGCAAACAGGAAGAUUUAAUUCAAAACGUGAAACAAACUUUGGCCCUCCUGAUGUGACCGUGAUACCAACUGAGAGAUCUAUAAAGUUUUCAGUACAGCUUCCUUGGAUUCCUUACACGGAACAAACACUGGACGGCAUUUACGAAGACAUUACAUACUAUGUGAAGUUCUCCAAUCACAUGCAAAAUGUAAAGAUAAACAGAACAUCUGAGAUUGAAAAUCUUUCUCCGGAAACAAAAUACUGUGGAGUGGUGACCUAUGACAGCAGAUCCUACAGCAAGACAAGCCUGCCCAAAUACUUCUGCAUCACAACACUGGAGGAUACCUCAUGGAUUUCCAUAACAGUAAUUGCUGUUUCAUGCUCCCUGGUGUUCCUGAUCAAUAUUUCUAUCUUGAUGCUGAGCAGAUACUUGAAGGUCAAAAUAAAGAUGCCAAAUUCUUUGACUCUAAAAGGUAAACAUGUAUGGCUGCCCCCUGAGUUACAUGGACCAAAGCAAAUGAAUCAGGUUUCAAUUGUCAAUCUGGAUCCCUCAAUGCCACCCUUCAAGUCAUUGCUCUCUGGACUGCCACCCCAACAGUCACCAAAAGCAUUUCCCAAACAGCCUGAGCCAGAGAGUCCAAUCUCCUACCUUUCUCAAGCAGUGGAGACACAACCCUUGUUGAUGAACUCUGGAAGCACAAGGUCUUCAGGCAGUAACAGUUAUGGUGAAGUUGUGCUGGAGGCAGCAAACAAAGAAAAUCAUUGGGAAACAGGCGGUGGUACCACUGAAAUCUCUCUGCCAUGCUAUGCAUCCCAGAACAACGAAUGUAACUGGCGGUCUAUCAUGGUUAGUCCAAGACAGUUGGUUCUUCAAACAGAAGUUAAAAAUGGCUGCCUUAUGCUUACCAGUUUUCCUUUUGAAAAAGAACCAUCUACCUCAUCAGUGAUACCGUUUACUUCAAAUGAGCAAACACAACAAGGAACAACUUAUUUCCAAAGGACACAAAAUCAAUCAACUGGUUCACAGAAACUUCAGUCGUAUUUGCCUAAUUCAGAAAGAAAGUCUGCGGACGUGGAAAGACCUAAUUUGGAAAUAAUAUCCAUACCAAAUCCAGAGAAUCAAGAAAUGGACAGUCUUUCAUGUCCUAGUUUAACUGAGGUUAUAGAUGGAGAAUCAUUGUUCGAAAAGUGGGAUUUGAAAAUUUCUAUAUGAGAAGCUUCAUGUCAUUUUCUAUAUUAAGCAAGCCAAGUAAGUACUGCUUGGUAAAAACAACCAAGGUAGGUGGAAUUCUGUAAUUCCAGUGAUUGUUAUGCGUGGUUUUAAAGGUGGUGAUCACAAGAUGCCAAGGCCUUCCAAGAAAUUACUGAAACCACGUAAAGUGAAACUUUCCCUUUGGAGGGGGCUUUUUUUACUCACUGUAUUUAUAAGGCUUUUCAAAAUCGCGGAGGAACACUCUGAGCACUCUGAUGUUUCUACCUGUGCCAAAGCCGCAUAUACAGCAUGGAUAAGAGAUUAUCUGGUCUUUCAAGCUGUUCAUGCAAUUUUCAUUUCGAAGGAAGAUGUGCUCAUUGAUUGAUGCCAUGUACAUCACUGUAGAUUAAAAUUCAAUUACAGAUAUGUUUGCCUCUUUUAAUUAAAAUUAGGGCUUUAGAUGUGCAGGGUGAGUAACCGCAUACUUAGAUAAACCAAAUAACCAAUAUAGCUUGGGGGAAAGGCCAAAGUUGACUUUUUUUGUUUGUAAUAAGGACUUUUAUUUAUAAUGAGGAUGGUUCCUUCUUAAGCAGACCAUUCACAACCCUUUGGCAUAAUUUAUAUUUUAAAGAAAUGAAGUACUAUUACAAUUGCUGCUCAUUAUUCAGUGGAAUUCAUUCACUUUAAUAAACUGUAUUGGAUUGUCUACUGGAAACUUUAAACAAUGCAAGAAGAGACUUUGAUAUUUAUACUGUGGUAGAGCUUUUUAAAGAUACAGAAAUUCAGGGGUGUUCUAAUAAGGACAUUUUAAUAUAGUGACUGAAAGCAUAUUUCUUCUCAGGAUAACAUUUUUUCAGGUAUAUUUAAAAAUGAAGAUGCAGAUCUUGGCUGAAGUGAAUUCAGUGUGGAGUUUGUAGGGGUUUUGUAUAUGAAGUUCCACUUCUCUUUCAUGAUAGAGGAGCACACUGGUUACCUUGUACAGUGAAAUUACCCUGAUGUGAAUGCAUGUGUGCGCCCUCUGUUUAUUUCACCCUCACACCACUUAGCUCCUGACUGGUAGACCAGCACAAGCCAAUUCUGAAAAUGAAUGAAUGGACACAUGAAACAGUUUAGCCUUUACAGAGGUGUGAAUGAGCCUUCAUUCGAUUUGUAUUUCUGAUUUAGGUCACAGUGAUUCCCUGUGAGCUGCUUGGAACAUCAGUUUUUAGAUCUUACACCACCAUCCAAGAAUGGACUUUGAGAACACUUGAGAAAAAUUCUGAUGAAAACAGAACAUUCAGCCCAACAUAUUGUAGCUCAUCAAUUCUUAUUCACCAAACUUCACACUUCAUUCCAUGUGUGGUCCCCAAAGUUCUACCAUCUACCACCUUACUUUGUAAUUUAUUUCACAAAUCUAUGGUUCCCUGUGUGAAGAAAAUCUUUCUAACAUUUAUCCAAAAUGUUCACUUAACCAGCUUCAUCUAUGGCACUGUGUUCUCUUUGAUGAAUUUGUAAUUUCUUAUAAAAGUUAAAACUUUUCAUUUAUGUCUCCAUUUAACUCCCAUUUGCUAGACCUGAAAAACAAUCUUUGCUCAUAGCUCAUACCUUGCAGUUCUGGAAAUGACCUAGACGUUCUUCUCUAUGUUCAGAAAAUGUGCCAAGUGCAUGACAGUGAAAUCAAAACAUUCUUUUGUCAAACUCUAAACACUGAGCAGAAAACCAAGAACCUUUAACCAAACCUACGUGUUUUUAUACCAUAAAUACACUAAAAAGUUAAUGUACAGAAUACCUUCACUGUCAAGAUCUCAGAUAAUUAAAGGAUGCACGUUGACCUUUGUCAACUCUGGUGACAUCAAAUAUUGUGCACUGAAGGUAAAGUUCACAUUGGAAGCCACAAAGCUAAAUUGAUGAAAAUGGUCAUGCUGAUAAUUAAAUAAAUCUGCAUCAGGAAAUACCAAUAAAAAAAAUAAUAACUCGUGAGACUAGCAUGAAAAAGCUAAUGUCAGAAAUGGAUCAUUAAAGAGGUAAAAAAGAAGUAAUCUAUGCAAACAAUAUACAGAAAAUUAGUCAAAAUGUCCAUCAUAGCACCCAAGACUUUCUGUUGUGCUGCUCCCUCCUUUUUGUAACACAGAAGCCAAAAUUACAGCUAAUAUUCCAGAUUACAGGUUUGCUCACAACAUAUAAAGCUAUAAAAUUCAUUCUCAUAAGGUGUAGUUUGAAGCUUCAAAUCCUCAUUUCGUAUUCAGAUCUAACACUUUUACCUCCUAAUUGUAAUAAUUAACAUUUAUUUACACCAAAUUUCAUCUGCCACUUACCUGUCCGAAUUCUGUCCAGAUCCAUCUGUAAUGAUUCUAAUGGCUCUAGGGUAUCUCCUAGUUUAGCGUCUUGUUUGUUAUAUUUUCAAUAAGAUCAUCUACUAUAUAAUAAACAGCUAAGGUCUGUGUGUAUGCGUGUGUGUGCGUGUGUGUCCUGUGUCUCAGAGCAUUCUGAUUGGUCAGUUUGGCUUAGGUGUAACUGGUCAGUUUGACUUAAUUGGUUUGAUCAAAAAGGAAAGUAUGAGUGUGAGGCACACAAAGAGGAGUACAGUGGUAAGAAGCGUGCGCAGAGCCGUCUUCAAAGAGUCUGAGGAACAGGUUUUAUGGGAAUGCACUCGAGAGACAGAGUAUUGGUCAAGGGAGAUUCAGACACAUGAGGAUACUAAAGAAAGGUGCAGAAGGUACACAUAUGAAAGAGAUUUCACAUAUUCUUACAUUUAUUCCAUUAUCUGUUUUGGAUGGUUACCAUGGCUAAUUUAUGUUUAAAUUAGAAAGGGAAGAGCCCCCAGAACUGAUCCUUCAUGGAUGCCACCUUCAAAAUGGGAGCAAAAUGUUCUUCCCUCUACUUCCUGCACCCAUUUACUUAGUGCCACUUGAAUUCACAUUUCUUUUAGUUUGAUCACUUGUCUGUUAUUUGGCACAGUAGCAAAAGAUUUUUGAAACUGAAGAUAAAUAAUAUUGUAAGCUCCUGUCUGAGCAGAUGCUUUUGUUGCUUCCUUUUGUUGCUUGUAGCAGGUUAGUGAAGUAAGAUUUACCCAUCGAUAAACAGUGUUGACAACUUGCUAAUACACCUGCUCCUGAUCUGUCCUGCUCAAGCAUUUCUGUAGUAACUUACUUAAGACAGACAAGCAGCUGACUGGCUUAUAGUUAGUAGAAUUUGCCUGCUCCCCUUUUUAUGUACUGGGACAACACUAGCUUUUACUCUGUAUAGUAUGUUAAAUGGUGCCCUCAGCCCCCCUGGUGAACACAGAUCACAAAACCUAUUUUUAAUUAACAUUAAUGGAACUGAAAUAAAAGCACAGCCACUGCUGUGACCAUUUUAGAUGAUCCAGCUUCACUAUGCAGAUCUGUUUGCACACGGAAUAAACAUCUUUCUUAAUGUCCUUCUUGAUUUGUAACUGCCAAAUGCUAAAAUUAAUUUUAGUUCUCUUGGUGUUCUGAAAAAACGCAACACAUCAAAUCUGCAUACCCUCGAAACAUGUGUGCCAUCACAUCAAUGCAUCACUUGAGGGGAAAGAAGAAAUCAGAACAAAGUGCAAGCAGAUUUGCAAACUGCCAAAGCUGUUUAGCCCCCAUGUGCGAUUGUGGUGAUAUGAAGCUGCAAACACCCAUUCUAAUUUGACAACAUAACGUGCCUUCCCUCUGUGACUGCUUGUAAGAAAUAAAGUGUUAUCAGAAUUAAAAUACAGGGCAAACAGCAUGUGCAAAACGGAGCAGCCGCCACAUGUGGGGCUUUCAAGCUGUGGGGAAAAUUGAAGUUUAGCUGAAAAUAGCUAAUGGGUGAUGAAGGCUUGAAAGUCUGGAUUGAGGGCAAAAAUUUCUGUGGUUUUAAUUCAAAGUUUGCAACUGUUGAUUUUAAAUGUUCUUAAUUGCUAACAUAGUAGAUAUUUAUAGUUAUACUGUAUAAGGUAUCCCAUCAUUUCUUAUAUGAUACACAUCUCAAUUCUGAUCCUGCAUUCACUGUACAAGGUCACAUUCACAAUGCCGUUGUCUACUCGCCUGUCAAGGAACAAAGGGCAGGAACCAACGUCAUGAUGCUGGAUGGUGGAAGAAGAUGUGGGCAAAAAGGUGUAUCUGGACAGGGAGACCAAAGUUACACGCACAGUAUAUACAGUAUAUGUGGAAUGUUACAAUCCAGACGUUUACUGCAGAUAUCCAUAUAAACAAAUUUUUUAUGCUCUUCCAUACAGUACUGAUGAGAAGUAUUCCCCCCUUGGAAGUUUUGGCAUUUUAUUGUUAUACAACAGUGGAUUUAAUUUGUCUUUUUUGACUCUGGUCAACAGAAAAACACUGUUUAAUGUCAAAGUGAAGAGCCGAUCUCUGUAAAGUGGUCGUCACAUGUGUAUAUACCCCUUUUCAAGUCCAUGUUUAGUAGAUGCAACAUUGGUGGCCAUGACAGCAUCGAGUGUGUGUGGAACGGUUUCUGUGUGGACGCUGCAGAUUUCUCCCAGUCAUCAUUGCAAAACAAGGAAAAACUCCAGAUUUAAUCUACUGUACUGUGAUUCAAUGUUGCAAAAAAAUUAAAUGCUGAAACUUUUAACGGGUUCAAUACAUCUUAUUCCUCAUGAUAUGACAUGACUGGAAGUCAGCCACUAUCUGUGUUAGCAUGGCAGUCGUUCUAUAUAAAAUGGCUGAUCGCAUGAAGAUAUGUACACACUUUGUUUAAAGUAAAUCGAGGACUAAAGGUUUACUGUCAUUCGUAAGGGAAAAAUACAAAAAUCGGCGUAGUAUGGUCCAUACGGCACUUCCACAGAAGAUUAUACAAUAUGAUCCAACCGAUUAUACUGUACAAUAAUAUAGAAUCAAGUACAUUAACUUACAUAAAAUGUAUUAUAUACACAAACAAAUAUAGAGUAAAAUGAACCAGAAAUAGAAUGUAAUGGACAACUUAAAUACUUUUUACUUUGAAACUAAACACAUUGGGUCAAAUGAAGUAAACAAGCUUCAUGGACAAAAAGAUCAGUAUGGGCUGGCUAAUCACCUCUGAGCACGUCGACAUUUACAGAUCUGCUGUAGCGUGUGUGUGUGUUUGUGAGUCUGUUUCAUUGUCGUCAUCGUCAUCAUCUAACAUGUGCUCUGCUAGAGCAAAAAAAAAAGCCGUCAGUUAUCUUCAUUUAUAAAUUUCUUCGAGUGUGUGUGUACACUUGUGUCUUCUUCUGUGUGUGUACAUGUAUAUUUAAAUAAAUCAUUUAUCUCCAAAACUACCUGUGCAAAAAAUUUUACAACUCAGUGGGUGCUACGGCUAAACCGAGUAGACUGCAGAAAUCCCAGUUAAAUCAGGUAAUUUUAAUGGCAGUUACCAUUGGACAGACAUAAAGUAAAUCUAAAGUGGAGCCCAUGACAAGACAAACACAGAUAGGUGAAUUUAUUCAGAAAAAGAUUUUUGCAAGUUUUAAAUGUAUAUCAAUCUCAACAUUCAAGGCUGAUAUGUUAUGUUAGAAACUACUCUUUUGAAAAGUUUGCACCUUCCAGGAUCUCUACAUAGUGCACAAAAAUGUCAUUAUUUUCUGAUGAAAAUUGUGAUUUAAUGAAGUGAACAUCUAUUUCAAUUUUCCACUGGCACACAUAGAGACACCAUGGUAAUUUUGAAAGUUUGAUUUUGGUAGAGUCAGAAUAUUAACUUGACUCAAUAGCAAAUUUCUGACCCCAUCACCAAAUUUCCACUUACAUGGAAAUAUAAUUAGUGUUUGGAUUUGGGAUUUGAAUAUCACUUGUACUCAAGUUUUGAAUUGCCCCAAGAACUUUGCUUAUUGGUCUCUGUUAUCAUUUUUAAUCAAUGCAAUAUUUGAUUCAUCUGGUGAUCCUUCUUAAGCACUUUUUAGCAAACACUAAUACAUGAUUUCUGUCUAAACAAUUGUUGCUAAAACAUACAAUGCAUUUGAGUUUUUAGCAAGAAUGUGCAAUGGUAUCAACAAUACAGAACCAAGUUUAGUGGGGCACAAGAAGCGUACUGAUUUAAGUUGUCCAAAAGCUAGAGGAAAACAUAAGCAGGAGGCAGAUGCGGCCAGAAGGACAAAGGAGGAGCACAAAGGCUAAGCAGGACCAAAAUAAAAUACGUCAUUCUCUAAAGUAGAAAACACCUAAUUAUUUCAGGCAAAAAUGUUAGUGUUUCGUCCAGUAUUGACUUUGCUGUAAUGUUAUAAAAUCGUUCCAUCCUUUUAAGAAAGGUGACCAGUAAAUAGAGACAGCCAUAGUGCAUACUACAGUUUCUCAGACCCUCAUCCAUUGCAGACAAGAUGCUAAUGUUUCAUUUGUUCAUUUGUUUGUUUUUGUUUUACGUACUUAUCCAAUUGUGGAUUGCAUGGGCCUUUUAAAACGUGUCCUGGUAGGAAGGUGGAGGGGGCACCAGUCCAUUAUAAGGCCCACUCACACUGACAACUCAGUUUAAAGUUGCCAAUAUACACAAACUUCUUUGUUAUGUAGGAGGAAAAUCAGAGAAGCCAGUGGGAGAACAUGCAGACUCCACACAGAUAGUAACUAAGCCAGGGUUCAAGCUCCGACUCUGGAGCCGUGCAGCAGACGUGUUAAACACUGAGCCACUGUGCUGUCCCUUCAUUUUUUUUAUCUUCUUAAACUUUUGCAUCCAAAAUCCAAGACUAAAAUUCAAACGCUUGAGAGUUUGCAGAUGGACCCAGGCUGUGGUGGCCUUGUUUUGUUCAUGUUCAUCCUGCUUUGAAGUCACUGAAGGAAGAAACAAAAAGGAGAAGUUGAAGUAAUUCAUUUGUUGAAAUGUCACAUCUGUAUUAGUGUUAUUUAUUAUACACUUCUUUGUACAUAUUAAAAUAUACGUAUGCAUUGUAGUUUGUUUUUUUCACAUGUCACAUCUCUUUGUAUGCAAACUAUGUUAAAUCAUAAAGCGUGACUUAGAAGUAGAAGUGGUCACGUUUUAUCAACAAACUUCAUUUUGCAAUAAAGAGUUUUUGUUAAAUGAG